AUGAUUCAAUCUAUGCACACCGGAAAAUUUUUGAAAUUACAAGGGCAAGAGGCUUGGGAAGCUCUUGAAGAAUUGUCUGUUAAUUCACAACAAUGGAAUUAUUCUGAGCCUAGGUCUAGAGCAAAUAAUUCACCUAAAAGAGGAGGAAAAUAUGAAAUAAAAGAAGAAACUGAUUUGAGAACAUCUUUUGAAAAAUUAGCAAGAAAAGUAGAAGCCUUAGUCAUAAGUCAAAAUAUGAAUUCUCAUGUUCAACCAAAAAAAGAUGUUUUUGCUAGUACUUGUCAUAAUGAUCAAUCAUGUCCUUCUUUUCUUGAAACAUUUUCCGAAGAGGCUAAUGCAUUACAUUCAUAUGGUAAACCAAAUGAUAGCCCAUUUUCAAACACAUACAAUCCUAAUUGGAGAAACCAUCCCAAUUUUUCAUGGAGACAAAACCAACCACAAAUGAACCAAGGAAACCAAUUCAACAUGCCAAAUCCGAAUCAUGCCCAACCAAGUCAAACUUACCCUCCACAAAGAAAGCCUUCCUUAGAAGACACUUUACAACAAUUCAUGCAAUCCACCCAACAAAUCAUGCAAAAUCAGUCUCAAUCCAUUGCCAAACUUGAGACACAAUUGGGUCAACUUGCCAAUGCCGUAACUGAGAGAGAAAAAGGAAGAUUUCCUAGCCAACCCGUCCCAAAUCCUAAAGGCCAAUAUGAAGUAGGAGUCCCAAACCAAAACCAACCUCAAAGUUCCAACACAAAUGACUUGUCAAAAGAUAAUGAUCAAAUUCUUCCUUCCAUUCCAAAAGCUCCUUUUCCACAAAGAUUACUUCCACUCAAAAAAGGCAACCAAUAUAGUGACAUCUUAGAAGUGUUCAAACAAGUAAGUAUCAACAUCCCCUUCUUAGAUGCCAUUAAACAAAUUCCUGCCUACUCCAAAUUCCUGAAAGACCUUUGCACUGUUAAAAGAAACACUAAUGUUCCAAAAAAGGCAUUUUUAACUGAACAAGUUAGCUCCAUAAUUCAAUAUAAAAGCCUUGUGAAAUAUAAAGAUCCUGGUUGUCCAACAAUUUCAUGCAUCAUUGGUGAUCAUUUUAUUAACAAAGCUUUACUUGAUUUAGGAGCUAGUGUGAAUUUAUUGCCUUACUCUGUUUAUAAGCAACUUGGUCUAGGAGAAUUAAAACCAACUUCUAUAACACUUCAAUUAGCUGAUCGUUCUGUGAAAAUUCCUAGAGGUAUUAUAGAAGAUGUUUUAAUUAAAGUGGAUAAGUUCUAUUUUCCUGUUGAUUUCAUUGUUCUUGAUACUCAACCUGUUGAAAAUGCUCAUGCUCAAAUACCCAUCAUUUUAGGUAGACCAUUUUUAGCUACAUCUAAUGCAAUUAUCAACUGUCGUAAUGGUGUAUUGAAAUUAUCUUUUGGAAACAUGACUGUUGAAUUGAAUGUUUUUAAUGUUGCUAAAUCUGUUGAGUGUGAGGAAAUACAUGAAGUAAACAUGAUUAACACGGAAAAUAUGUUUGAAAUGGACAUGAAUGAAUCUUUUGAAACUUAUGCAAAAAUGUUUGGAAUGUGCUUAAAUGUUGAUGAUUUUAUUCAUGAUGUCAAUUCUUUGCUUGAGUCUACCCCACUAAUGGAUACUGAAAAAUGGAGAGCCAAAAUUGAACCAUGUAUUCCAUUAGAGCAUGUUGAGUCAACUCCUGAACCACCAAAGUUAGAUCUCAAACCUUUGCCCGACACUUUGAAAUAUGCAUUUCUAGGAGAGUCUAACACCUAUCCUGUUAUCAUUGCAUCUGAUUUAGAUGAAAAACAAGAAACAAAAUUGUUAGAUAUCCUUAGAAAACAUAAAAAGGCCAUAGGUUGGACCAUGGGAGACAUUAAGGGAAUUAGCCCUGCUGUGUGCAUGCAUAGAAUUCAUUUAGAAGAAAAUGCUAAGCCCUCUCGAGAAAGUCAAAGAAGAUUAAAUCCAAACAUGAAAGAGGUAGUAAGAGAUGAUGUAAUUAAAAUGUUAGAUGUAGGGAUCAUUUACCCUAUUUCUGACAGUCCAUGGGUUAGUCCUGUUCAAGUUGUUCCAAAAAAGUCUGGGAUCACUGUUGUUAAAAAUGAACAAAAUGAGUUAAUCCCUACUAGAGUCCAAACUGGGUGGAGAGUGUGUAUAGACUAUAGAAAGUUGAAUAGUGUCACUAGGAAAGACCACUUCCCAUUACCCUUCAUUGACCAAAUGCUUGAACGAUUAGCUGGCCAUGCUUACUAUUGCUUUCUUGAUGGGUAUUCGGGAUAUAACCAAAUCCCCAUUGCCCCCGAAGAUCAAGAAAAGACUACCUUUACUUGCCCUUUUGGAACCUUUGCAUAUCGUCGCAUGCCUUUUGGUCUUUGUAAUGCUCCUGCAACAUUUCAAAGAUGUAUGAUUGCAAUAUUUUCUGAUAUGGUUGAAAGAAAUCUUGAAGUGUUUAUGGAUGAUUUUUCUGUGUUUGGAAAUUCUUUUGAUGAUUGUUUGCACCAUCUUUCUCUUGUUUUAAUUCGUUGCAAAGAAAUGAAUUUAGUUCUUAAUUGGGAAAAAUGUCAUUUCAUGGUUAAAAAGGGAAUUGUCUUAGGUCAUGUGAUUUCAUCUCAAGGAAUAGAAGUUGAUAAAGCAAAAGUAGAUCUUAUUUCAAAACUUCCUCCACCUAAGACAGUAAAAGAAAUUAGAUCAUUCUUAGGCCAUGCCGGUUUUUAUAGAAGAUUCAUAAAAGACUUUAGCAAAAUUUCACGCCCUUUAUGUCAUUUACUUGGAAAAGAAAAUGCUUUUGUCUUUGAUAAUUAUUGCCAUGUUGCCUUUGAAAAAUUGAAAUCCCUUUUAACUAGUGCACCCAUUAUUCGCCCUCCUGAUUGGAAUGUUCCUUUUGAAAUAAUGUGUGAUGCUUCUGAUUAUGCAAUUGGUGCUGUUUUAGGACAAAGAAUUAACAAGUUACCUCAUGUAAUAUACUAUGCUAGCAAAACUUUAAAUGAAGCUCAAUUGAAUUACACUACAACUGAAAAAGAAUUGCUUGCUGUUGUGUUUGAUCUAAAAUAA